GACCCUCAGCUUUUCAAGAUGGAGGUUGAUUCACGAAGUUUAUGUUUGAAACAUUUUUGCGCGCAAAUGUCAUUUUGUUAAUGUUUUUGUUUUUGUCUGUCGACGUUCUGUUAUUGGCGAGCUAGCUGUUUGCUAGCUUGGUUAGCAGUUAUCCGUAAGCUUCAUUUUCGCAAAUAGCGAGCGCCGUUCGUAUUGAUGUAAUUGUGAUUUUGUUUAUUUUACAUAAUUAAUUAUAAGCAGCAAACUCUUACGGGUAGCUAUUGUUGAAGUAGGUUGUUCAUUAUUUCACUCCUUGUUUUAAUGACAUGUAUUUCCAGUCGACGACAUAGUAUGUAUAGAGCGAUAUAGCGCUGGUACUUGAACGCCUCAUGGGGCAUUUGCGUCCGAGAUAGUGUAUGAGCAGCCGCCUGGGAAAAAAAAAAUGCUUCUCCGGUCUCUUUGGGCUAAACUGGGCGCUCAGCAGCCAUCGAACUGGAAAGCAAUGUACGUCUUUGCUUCAGCUAGUUUCCCUAAUUCCAGCCUAGCAUCCAAAUAUGAAUUUAAAGGCCGGAUUCACUCAUGCUGCUGUGGCCUCCAGAGGCGUGCCCUUUCAUUUGCUUUAAGAGGGUUUAGAAGUCCAAACAGGAACUUUUUAACAGACUCGGACCGCAGCAGUGAACAGAAGCGUUUUUACGUGCCAGAUCUUGUCAAGCCGGUCUUAAAAGCCAGUUUGAAACAAGUGACAGGGCCCGGGAAGAGAGUCCCUAAAGGGCCUAGGACUAAACAACCGUCCAGAGCCAAUCAACCCUCUAUGACUGAAGACAUGUACAUGAUGCAGUGUAUCGCCUUUGCAACAGCAGACCAGUACAAUCUGCCCACCCUCAGCCUGGAUCUGACAGGACACGGCUUCCACGAGGUGGACUUUCCUCGAGACGCGUCCAAUGUGUUGGUGAUAAGCUCUGACGUGGCCUCCAGACCAGACGACAGGGCAAUCAUCUUCUUCUUCAGGGAAGGCUCGGUGGUUUUCUGGAAUGUUGACGAGAAAAUGAUGAAAACGGUGUUGAGGAUACUGGAGCGUCAUGAAAGUCAGCCGUAUGAAGUUGCGUUAGUCCACUGGGAAAACGAAGAGAUCAACUACACCUUUGGAGAGGGAAACUCCAAAUUGGAGCGAGGAAACUUUGUGCUGUGUAACCACAUGGAUCAACAGGAAGCCAUCUUGGAGAAAUUUGCCUUUUCCAAUGCUUUAUGUUUGUCAGUGAAGCUGGCCAUAUGGGAGGUGUCCUUGGAUAACUUUGUGGAGUCCAUUCAAUCUAUUCCUGAGACACUGAAGUCAGGUCAGAGAGUCAAAUUGUCAUCCGCAGAAGUCAUGCAGAAGAUCGGUGAGCUGUUCACUUUAAGACACUGUAUAAACCUGAGAUCCGACCUCCUCCUCACGCCCGACUUCUACUGGGACCGCGAGAACCUGGAGAAACUCUACGACAAGACCUGCCAGUUUCUCAGCAUCAACCGCAGGGUCAACGUGAUGAAUGAGAAGCUGGAGCAUUGCACUCAGCUGACCGACUUGAUGAGGAGCCACCUGAGCGAGAAGCACAGCCUGAGGUUGGAGUGGAUGAUCGUCAUCCUCAUCACCAUUGAAGUUUUGUUUGAACUUGUAAAGAUGAUCUAAAUGGGCCAAAGAUGGCAGAUGACGUCCCCACAGUGCCAUGCUGCGUUCAGGGACCAGCAGUCAUGAGGUAUUCUGGCGAGAAAUGUUUUUUUGUUUGUUUUUUUUUUAUUUCUUGUUGACUCUGGACUGCCUUUUCUUGACACUGAUUAUCACAUUAUAUGAAAUGUUAUAUUUUAUGCCACUGAAAGCAGGGAUCUCAAACGUGCGAGCCAUUUGCGGCCCUCAGGACCACAUUUUGUGGCCCCAUAUUUGAUAUCAAAGAUUUACGUAAGUGCGUUUCGUGAAGCCUGGGCAAAUUCAGAGGUACCGAACACCGACCACAAAAUGUGAACCAAGUACAAAGCUAAGAACCGGACUUGACAAAGUUAGCUAGCUCUCCAGAUGUAUUGGGUCUGAGGGCCCAGAUCUGAAGGGCGGAUGCCAAGACUGGCGUGGGAAACAACACAAACACUGACGGCUGAACUUUUUUUCUCACUUUUAUUCUUCGCUAAAGGCCAUAACAUUUUGGAAAAUAUGUGAAUCAAAUGUAGCUGAUGCAAAAAUAUGCAGAAAACGGCAUCAAAAUGUUAGCUUUCAUGCUGUGUGUAAUGUUGAAAAUACUGAUAAAUAUCCAUUCAUGUUGAUAUAUUUCUAUAUUGUUGCAGCGUGUUUACAAUGUACAAGGUCAUGUACAGCAGCAGACUUAUUGCAUAUGUAUUGCAUAUGUAGAUCCCAUAUGAAUAAAAGGAAAUUCUUAAAAAAAAAAAAAAAAUAGUGCCGCA